CCAAGGAGGAGGAGGUGACGGACUGGCGGCUGGGCGGGGCGCGUUCGGGCCUCAGCUCCUCACACGCCCCACUCGCAGCCCAGAUCCCGCGCCCCCGGGAGUCCUGGUGGCGAGCGCCGUCCGCGAGCCGAGGCAGCAGCUGGAGGAGGAGCCGCGGGCGCUGAGCCUCAGCCCGACUUGGCCAAAGAAGGAUGUGUCACCAGCUUGGGGCCUCGGGCGGGAUCCCCGGCCUGGCUGAAAGCAGGAGUACCUGAAACAAAGGUUUCUCAUUCACAAAAAAAUGGAUCAUUUAAUUCUUUGGAGGACUCAGUUAUCACAGUACUUCUAUACUGCCAACUGAGAUUUGUGACAGUAAAUUAAUGACAAUAAAUUUCUGCAUCAAAGAACUGCUGAAGAACUAAAAGAGGAUUUUAUAUUAUAAAAAUCCUACAGUAUCAUGAUAUUACUAAAUAAAACUAAAGAGCACGAUUAUUAAAUUAUUAGACUUUCUAAUACAAGCACACAUGUGCAAUAGCUACUGUAUCCUGACAGUUACCAAACCUCAAAUUUAAAUGGUUUUUCUUUGUGGGAAAGGUCAUUAUAUUUGCAAGAAACCACUGAACUUUGUCAUCAAGUAUAUUUUCAGCAGAGUGUAAGUGAGUAGAAUUUACUUGAAAUAAGUUCUAGAAAAUUCCAAUUCACAUCACUGAGUGGAUUUGAUAUUAUGGCAGCAACUUACAGACUUGUGGUCAGUACUGUGAACCACUACAGCAGUGUGGUGAUAGACCGGCGUUUUGAGCAAGCUAUACAUUAUUGCACUGGAACCUGCCACACCUUUACACAUGGAGUUGACUGCAUUGUGGUACAUCAUAGUGUUUGUGCAGACCUCUUGCACAUCCCUGUGUCUCAGUUCAAAGAUGCGGAUCUGGACUCUAUGUUUCUACCCCAUGAAAAUGGGUUUUCCUCAGCUGAGGGUGACUAUCACCAGCAGGCCCUAACAGGCAUACCCAGGGUUAAGAAAGGGUCUACCUUUCAGAACACCUGUAAUUUAAAGGACAUUGCAGGAGAAGCAAUCAGUUUUGCCAGCGGGAAAAUAAAAGAAUUUUCCUUUGAAAAGCUCAAAAACUCUAACCAUGCAGCCUACAAAAAGGGAAGAAAAGUUAAGUCUGACUCAUUUAAUAGGAGGUCAGUCGAUUUUGACUUGCUCUGUGGCCAUUAUAACAAUGAUGGGAGCUCCCCAUCCUUUGGUUUACUCCGGAGUGCCUCAGUUGAGGAAAAAUCUUUGUCCCAUAGAAACUCGCUUGAUACAAACCUAACUUCAGUGCUUCUUCACAACUUCUCUGAAGAAGACCUGGUUACUCAGAUUUUGGAAAAACAUAAAAUAGAUAAUUUUUCUUCUGGAACAGACAUAAAAAUGUGCUUGGACAUCUUGCUGAAAUGCUCUGAGGAUUUGAAAAAAUGUACAGAUAUCAUAAAACAAUGCAUAAAGAAAAAGUCAGGGAGUAGCAUCAAUGAAGGAAAUGGCAACGAUGCAAUUUCUAGCUCUGAUGCUGUCUAUGUGACUGUAAUGACCAGGUUAGCAUCCUAUCUGAAAAAGCUACCAUUUGAAUUCAUGCAGCCUGGGAAUAAUGAGGCUAUAGAUUUAACAGAACUGGUCAGUAAUAUGCCCAGUUUACAACUGACUCCCUUUUCCCCAGUAUUUGGCACUGAACAGCCCCCUAAAUAUGAAGAUGUUGUCCAGCUCUCAGCCCCUGACUCUGGACAGUUUCAAACUAUAGCACUGCAAGAUGACAAACACAGUUCUAAGAAAACAGACCCAGUAAAAUCCAUUCCAAACAACUCUAUAAAUCCCUUAUAUAACCCUGAGAUAAAUGAUCCCAGAACUCUAAAAGAUGCCCAGCUUCAAUCACAGUCAUUAACCAUGAACUCUUUAGAAAAUGUUUCUUCUGGUGACCUAAUGGAAACCCUGUAUAUUGAAGAAGAGUCAGAUGGAAAGAAAGCAUUAGAUAAAGGACAAAUGACAGAGAAUGGACCCAGUCAGAAGUUGUUAAAGGUAAAUGAAGAUAGAGCAGAAUUUUUAGACUGUGGUACUCCUCUUAAAAAAUGUCCUGCCUCAGUACAAAAUGGAAGUGGUAAGAUAUUUGAGAAACCAAUUGUUAACCUACCUGAGGAAGAUCUUAAAUCAAAAGUUCCUAAAGUUGAAGAGGGAGACCACAGAGAUUUUAUGAAUUCUAACAGUCAGGAAGAGAUAGAUAAAUUGUUAAUGGAUUUGGAAUCAUUUUCACAGAAAAUGGAGACCUCUCUAAGGGAGCCACUUGCCAAAGGUAAAAGCUCUAACUCUGUAAAUAGUCAUAGUCCGUUGACUGGUCAGCUUCCUAUAGAUCUUGAGCCUAAAUCUAAAGUCUCUUCACCCACCGAAAAAGUCUCCCCUUCUUGUCUAACAAGGAUUAUUGAAACCAAUGGACACAAAAUAGAGGAAGAGGAUAGAGUCCUCCUACUGCGAAUUCUAGAAAGCAUUGAAGACUUUGCUCAAGAACUAGUUGAAUGCAAAUCAGGCAGAGGGAGCCUAUCACAAGAAAAGGAAAUGAUGCAGAUUCUACAGGAAACCUUGACAACUUCCUCCCAAGCCAAUUUAUCAGUCUGCAGAAGUCCUAUUGGUGAUAAAGCCAAAGAUACUACUUCAGUGGUUUUGAUUCAACAGACUCCAGAGGUGAUCAAGAUUCAAAAUAAACCAGAAAAGAAACCUGGGACACCUCUUCCACCUACAGCCACCUUUCCAAGUAGUCCCCGACCUCUCUCUCCAGUUCCUCAUGUGAAUAAUGUUGUGAAUGCACCAUUGUCUGUAAACAUUCCACAGUUCUAUUUUCCUGAAGGACUCCCCGAUGCCUGCAGUAACUAUGAACAGACUCUAAGCAAAAUUGAAACUGCUUUCAUGGAUAUUGAAGAUCAGAAAGCAGACAUCUAUGAAAUGGGAAAAAUUGCAAAGCUCUGUGGCUGUCCUCUCUAUUGGAAAGCCCCCAUGUUCAGGGCUGCCGGGGGAGAGAGGACGGGAUUGGUGUCAGCACCGUCAUUCAUUGCCAUGUGGAGAAAGUUGCUGAAUGACCAUCAUGAUGAUGCCUCCAAGUUUAUCUGUCUUCUAGCAAAGCCCAGCUGCAAUUCUCUAGAACAGGAGGAUUUUAUCCCUUUACUUCAGGAUGUGGUGGAUACACACCCUGGCCUCACGUUCCUGAAAGAUGCUCCAGAAUUCCACUCCCGCUAUAUCACCACGGUUAUUCAGAGAAUAUUCUACACAGUCAACAGAUCUUGGAGUGGAAAAAUAACUUCAACAGAGAUAAGAAAAAGCAACUUUUUGCAAACUUUAGCCCUUUUGGAAGAAGAGGAAGAUAUAAACCAAAUCACAGAUUACUUCUCCUAUGAACAUUUCUAUGUUAUUUAUUGUAAAUUCUGGGAACUAGAUAGUGAUCAUGACCUCUACAUCAGCCAGGCUGAUUUAUCUCGAUACAAUGACCAGGCUUCAUCAAACAGAAUUAUUGAAAGGAUAUUCUCUGGGGCAGUAACAAGGGGAAAAACAGUUCAGAAAGAGGGAAGAAUGAGCUAUGCAGACUUUGUUUGGUUUUUGAUCUCUGAGGAGGACAAAAGGAACCCAACCAGCAUUGAGUAUUGGUUCCGCUGCAUGGAUGUGGAUGGGGAUGGUGUACUCUCCAUGUAUGAGCUAGAAUACUUCUAUGAAGAGCAGUGUGAACGGAUGGAAGCCAUGGGCAUUGAGCCCUUGCCAUUCCAUGAUUUGCUCUGCCAGAUGCUUGACCUGGUGAAGCCAGCCACUGAUGGCAAAAUAACGCUACGAGAUCUGAAGAGAUGCAGAAUGGCACAUAUCUUUUAUGACACUUUCUUUAAUCUGGAGAAAUACUUAGACCAUGAACAGAGAGAUCCCUUUGCGGUCCAGAAGGAUGUUGAGAAUGAGGGGCCUGAGCCUUCUGACUGGGACAGGUUUGCAGCUGAGGAAUAUGAGACUCUUGUUGCAGAGGAAUCUGCCCAAGCACAGUUCCAGGAAGGCUCCUUUGAAGAUUAUGAAACAGAGGAACCUGUCUCUCCCUCUGAAAUUGGAAACAAAGGCAAUAAAAGUAAAAUAGUAACCUCAAGCCUUUCAGAGAAAUGUGGAAAGCUUCAGUCAGUGGAUGAAGAGUAGCUGCCAAUGUCUUGAAAGAGAGAUACGUAUUUUAAAUGUCUUUUUCUUGUGGAGAUGCUCCAGUUUGCAUACUGCUUUUUAAAGGCUUUGAUUUCUACAAGUGUGUAUCUGCACUAGGAUCUUUAAAACAUUUUUAAGCAAUAGGUCUGGAUACACAUACUCAAUUUGGGGGACUCCUCCAAUUUGCCUCAAACCUCUUGCAGAGUUUUUCCUCCAAAUAAAUCAGUGAUAUACACCUUCCAAAGUCUGUGAAUCAGCACUCUUCACCCCUGAAUGUACCAAGGAUAUCUCGGGGACAGUGCCAAGCACAGUUCUCUGCACAAAAGCAGGAGUUGCCUCUGUUGUCCAGCAUCCCUGAGGCCCCUCAGGGCUCCUAUGGAGCCCAGAAGAAAACUUGGUCAAAAACAUUCUGGAACUUAAAAAAGCAGUUAAGGGCCUCCAGAAGUGACUUACCCCUGGUAAUAAAAGCACUGCCAAAACAUCUCAGAGACUUUUUAAAUAUGUGUACUGGAGUUCAAAGAUCUUGAACUUACUUAAUAACAAUUUCACAAUGACCUGCCAAACUACUAGUCACUUUACAUCCUCAGGUAUUGUAACCACUGGGCCUUCCAACCUUGCUGGCAAGUUCUGAAUAAUCUCUCCCCAUCCUGUGGAUCUUAUAUAAAACAUGAUGAAAAAACUUCUAAGUACAGAAUUUGACUCAUACUUGAAAAAGUUUCCUUUUAUCUAACAUUUGUGGAGAAUUACUGAAUGACUUAUCUCCCAAUUAGUUGAUACCCUAUCUGUACUUCCUAUUAAAAGGCCUACUUGAAGACAGUGAUAUACAAAAAUUCUUACCAGAUGUAUUCAUCACUGAAUAUUAGACUAAGCCACAGUAAAGGCCUCAAUCUAUUAUCCCUUCAUAUUGAAAAGGAACUAUUUCAAAUAUCCCACCACCUCAAUAUUUAUCACAAAAAUGGAAGAAAAUAGUGAUGCCAUCCAUAAAGGAAACCUGUUUCAUCUGUACUAUAGUGGUAGAUGUGUUCAUUACAGAAUUUUACAUUUUUUCAGCAAGCCACAGUGCAGCCAAAUUCUACAAUAUCCUUAAAGAUAAAACUGAAAAUAAACUAUGAAAAUGGAUGGACAUUUCUAAUAGUGUAAAUGAAAGAAACCUGCAAGAAACUAUAACAUCCGUGCCAGUCAUCACCCUUUCCCCUGGGUUUUUUGCUUUAACCACAAGUCCUAAAUGUCAGAAUAGUGUCCCCUGCCAAUCUGCUUUGGUUCCCCCUUACGGAUGUGAAAGUCAAAAAAUGAAAUAAACCUUGGGCUAUGGUAGGCAAAAAGUAGAGAUAAGUGCAAUUUAGGAAAUGUACCAUUAAGUGGUACAGUAAUAGUUUUUUUUUCAGUAUCUGUUGCCUGUUAUUUUACUUUUCAUAUCAGAAUUAAUCUUCCACUUAAUGGUUACAUUAAGUGAUAAAUAUUAAAAUUUGGCAUCCAAUACUUCACAAACUAAAGGCUUAAAAAUGACUAAAUUUUUAGGAAACACUACAUGUAAUAACCCAAACACACUAGUAAAUUAGGAUUAAAAGUAUUUGUGAUAUGUGAAGUUUACCAUCUAUUCCAUCCACCCUUUACCAAGGAGAGCAAUUACUUAAAUUUCAGAUUAAAAUAUUAAAAAGGUAGAAUUUUUCUUAGAAGCCAGAUAUGGUUUAAAGGUUUUUUUUAUCCAUAAUGAUCUAAACUAUUCUUAAGACUCAUCAGCAAAAAGCAAAAAAAAUUUAAUUUUCCAAUAUACAUUGGAUUUUUUUUUUUAACUACUACUUGGCUUUUACCUUUUUACCUUGUAUCUCCUUACUGAAAUCCUCUUGCUUUUACUUUGGUCUGUAUUUGGUUUCAAAAGUCUGUAAUUACUAUAAAAAGUAACAGCUACCAAUAUCAUUCCAUUUAAGAUAAAGCUAUUUUAGGUCACCCAAAGUUUAUUUUCAGACACAAGUGUUUCACUGUAGUCCUUUCUUAAGAGUUGAAUGCAAGAAAUGUGAAUUCCAAGGAACUAGGACAGUAUAUAUUUGACUUUCUGGUAAAGAUCUCAAUGAAUAAAAUCAUUACUGCCCAACUGGAAAUUUCAAGUUUUUACAAUAUCCCAGGCUGCUUAAUAAAAAUUGAGGGUUAUCAUAGUGUUAAUGCUAUUCAAUGAAAAAUGAGUUUCACAGCAAAACAUUAAUUGCCAACGUACUCAAACUAAUGAAAUUAUGUGUGUUUUCCCUGCAUUUUGUCUGUCAUUGUGUAUGAUUCAAAGUGUUUAUAAAAUUCUAGAUUGAUCAAAUGAGGUAAGUCAUUGCUCAACUUUUGGAAAUGUUAUGAAAGUGUGUUUGGGUGGAGAAACCUGCAUGAUUUAACUUGUUUUUGUUUUUCCCUUUUUGCAAAACUAAAUAAAGAGACAAGUUGUCAAAUAUGAACCACAUUCACUAAGGUAAUCACUACACACUUUUGGUUUUAUUCACACGUGCACCUCAUUUUUAUAUUUGAAAGAGUAACAUUGUAAACAAACUUGAGUUUCAAAGAAUAACUCUUUGAACCACUGGGAAAAUCAUAAAGGAAUUUCUAGAAGGAUAACACAAACCUCAUAACUGAGAAGUUAUUUUCUUCAGAGGAAUAAGGAAGAGGACUAGAUACAGGGAACGGUAAGUUCACAGGGAUCAAAAGGGACUUUAGCCUUAUGUACUUUUAGCCUUAUAUAUAAUGUAUUCCUUUAAAAGAAUGUGUAAUUGAUUGUUAUUUGGGUACCUAAAACCUAAUUUUUUAGAAAGGAGGGAGAAAAGUUAAACUAUCAUUCAAGUAUUAGAUUCUGACUCUAUACUUUCAACUUAGUAUUUUCUAAAACAUUUUAUAUUUGUUACCUAUGAUAUGGGAAAGGAAAUUUUAUUUUUCAUCUGUUGUAAAACUUUUACUUUUCUUCAGCAAGGUCACCAUAUAGUUGUUUCAAGAAUACUAAGAUCACAGUAAAAUAAAAGGAAUUCUUUAUCCCAGGACCAUAUUAUAGCUCUGCACAGAAAUGUAGACUUACUGAAGCUAACCAAAAAGAUAAAUCACCAAGUUCUAACACUUCUAUCAUUUGAUGUAUGUUAAUAACAAAGACUCAAAAGAACAAAUGAAAAUGUGUCAUAUUAAAAGUUGUUAUUGUUUUGAUGGUUUCAAAUCCUGAUAAAGUCCAAUCCAGUUACUGCAGUAAUAACUUCUCAAUCAUCCCUAGUUAGCCACUGGUCAGCAUUCCUAAAUAACUCAUGGUAUAAAGAAAAACAAUGCAAAAAUCAAGGCACUGUAUUAUUCUUCCCCAAAUGUAUAUAAUAUAGGCCAUUCAGAGCAUACUAUCCCAAACUCCUCAGUAUUCUACAACAUAGAAUUAGAAAACUAAUAUUUAUUGAUAGAUUUAAGGUGUAAUACAGGUUUCCAAAAAUGUGGCAGUGAGAAUACCAGCAUAAAAAAGAGAAACUUGUGCUAAAAACAACCUGAAUUAAUCACUGGCAAUAUUAAUUACAUAACAAUCAAGGCCCUCACAUACUAAUGAUUUCCAAUUUGUCUAUAUUGCCAACCUCCCAUGCAUCAAAAAAACACAAAACUAAAAUUAUCAAACUUGGGAAGAAAUAAAGUACUCUGAAUUUUAAGAUCAUAAUAUUAGGAAAGUUUGGGAGAUUUGCAAAAUAUAUCCUAAUCAUCCAUGUGUACAAUCUCAUUUCUAGUCAUUUUUGCAGUGAUCAUUAGUGAAUAAAGAACAGAUUUACAAGUUUAUAUAGCAGGGCAUCUGGGUUCAACACAAAACUGUUACAAACUUUAGGCAAAUACAUGUUUCAUAAGACACUGCUAACACUUAGAGGAAUUAAAUAAAAGUCCAAAACUUGGAAAGCAAAUAAAGAGACAAGACAACUAAGAAGCAUUUUCCACCAUUUACUCUUGUUAUCAAAAAUAGUUCAACUCUUCUUGCAAAACAAAAACAAAAUAGUACAUACUGGACACAUACAUCACAUUUUUCUUCCUAUGGCUUUAGCCCACCCCCACCCCACCAAAAGAGACAAAAAAAAAAAAAAAAAA